AUGGAUGUGGACGUGCCAUACUCUGAAAACAACUACCCACCACUUAAGCCGCCCAAGACAAAGAAAGACAUUGUUUACAAUCCACGACUGUUCACAGCCAUCGAUGCAAAGGCCAGUGUGACAUCGAGGGAAGAUGCCACGUCCUACCAAACGCUGAUCAAACAUUUGACAGAAGGGCUUCAGAAUGAUGUGCAGAAAGUCAGGUCCAUAUUUGUUUGGCUGGCCUCACAAGAGAUCAUGUACGACAAUUUCGACGAUGUCGAUGACGUCAACACUCCUCUGGGCUACAUGCGGCUUAUUCAGGAUGAUAGGGGAACUUAUGAGCAAUUCUUUGCUCUUCUCUGCAGGAACGCAAAAAUCCCGUGUAUGGUUGUGCAGGGAAACAUCAAAAGUGCUACAUACGAAGUAGGUGACAUGGAUAUUGAAUGCAUCUAUGGCUACUGGAACUUGGUGUACCUCGAUGGAUCGUGGAGAAUAGUCAACCCUAAGUGGGCAAUGGUGUCCAUUGGGAACUACAGCAAUGAACGAUGGCACAUGAUAGAAAAGGAUGGGAAGGCAGAACAGCGUGAUAAGGAGGAAGGCAGUCUAGUGUAUGUGUAUAGCAAGGACGACUUCUAUUUCCUAACGGACCCUGAGGAUCACAUAUAUAGGUGUCUUCCAAGUAAUGCCAAAUGGCAGCUUCUUGGGGAGCCUUGGAAUAUGGAAAAGUUUCUGAUGGUUCCCUUGGUCCAUAAUGACUUCUUUGCAUCUGGAUUAAAAUUACCCGAAGGACAGCAAGGUAUUGUCGCUGCCAAAGAAGGGGAAGUGGAGAUAAAUCUCCAGGUAACCAAAGCAGCAAAGGAUAUCAAAUAUGAACUUUAUUUUGAUCAGAAAAACAAGAAGAAGCUUCAUGGAGAGAGUCAAAUGUCCCGUUAUGUAUUUGUUAACAAUAUCAGAUCAACAAGAUAUUUCUUCAUUCGCCUCCAGACAGUAGGGAAAUACAUGCUUACGCUUCUCAAUGAUGCUGAUACACCACUGUGCGACUUUAGAAUAGAUUGUUCUGGGGUCAAGGGGACAUGUGAACCGUUUCCUAAAAAUCCUGCCAUUGGAUGGGGUUUUAAUGAAACAGCUAGAAGAGCUGGGUUGUCUAGUCCAUCGCAAGAAAGCGGCAUUGUGACCAUUGAUUCAAAGAAAUCAGUAGAUUUUACAUUCAAAACGCAGAAGGGAGUAGAUGUCAAAGCCAAUCUUUUACACAACGAGAUUCCUACACCAGAACUUGAGAAACAUGUCAACCAACACAAAGACGGGGACAAACUCACAGUAACCGUUGACAUACCAACGACAUCUGCAAAGAAAGAGUAUGCCCUUGAAAUUAAUGCUAAAGACAGUUCAGCUGCCAAGCACCGAAACGUUGCAAACUAUCUGUUAACAACUGAAAAGAACAAACCUCAUGAUAUAGCAUCUCGAGGUACAAAAUCUACUACAAAUGCAGCAUCAGAGAAGCGUUCAACCCAAACAAACACGAAUGGUUAUAUCAAGAAAGCAAAUCCAUCGGAACCAUCUGUUGACACACAAAAUGAGUCUGUACAGGCCAAAGGAAUGUUUUCCUUUCUUUCAAAGAAACCUAAACCCAAGGGACCUUCUUCUGAGGAAACUGAAGGAAGCGAGGAAAAAACUGCAAAUGGACGCAUGCCUUCUAAACAGUCUCAAACUGAAAAUAUAGACACCAAAACUUGUCAAACUGACGUUGAAAAACCCGGAGACCAUACAAAGGAACCAUCACAACAGUCAAUGGCCUCAAAACUUAAAAACAAAACAUAUUCUUUCAAAAUCAAAAACAAAGAAACCAGUCAGGGUUAUGAAUCCUGUGACGUGUCUGCCGAAGGGGUUCUUAAUGGAAAAGCUGUAGAGAGUAACCAUAAGUUACAUGGGUCGAGGCGAGAGUCUCGAGCCUCUAGGAAUGCAAACUCACUUUCACCAAUGAGAACACCUCUUAAUUCUCCUUCUCCUGAACUGAUAACAGAUUACAGUUGCCCGGCCCGCAUUAAGCUGAUGAAGGAAGCUUAUUUGAACAGUAGUCACACUAAAGAUACAGCAUUGUAUAAACCUUAUGCAAGACAAAAGUCAUCAUCUCCCAAUCCUGUGGACAUUUCUACAACUGAUGAGAAAAUGAAAGGAAUUGCAUCUUCAGCGGGUCCUGGGAAAUCAGGCAAAGUUAUAACUCCGAAACAGGGAAACGACAUCUUUAAGAAUCCACAUCCGAAUACUCCUGCCUCAGACACUGGGUCAACUAGGAAAGUGAAUCCAAGGCCUACACGCUCACAGCCAGGUUCAUCGCAAGCCAAUACGCGUACAUUAACGGGUUCGACCAUGUCUUCUGAUGUCCAGAGUACCAAGAUACCCUCACCUUCACAGAUAACAAGGACGGGCAUGCCAGGUAUCCAAGCAUCAAGAACAAACAGCAAUAACAUAAAAAACCUUCAUCAAAAUUUAAGUAAAGGUUUCAAGACAAAUGAAAGGCCAAAACAGAAUCCUGAAAAGAGUGAAGAAGUACAAGGAAUCAGACAAUCUCUAACUGUGAAAGAAAAAGGACAACAUAAGACUGGCAGUGGUUCGAAUUCCUCAUGCAGGAAGCAUGGUGUUGAUCGUGAUUUAAUAUGUGCAGAUCUUAAAAGGGCAAUAGAGAGUCGACAAUUAUCGGAAAUAAACAAACUCCUGGCAAAAACCGGUGUUCAUUCCCCUGAUCCCAAAUUAACGGAACUGAAGGAAAAAGCAGAAACUGUCCGGACCGUGAUUAAACGAAUGAACAAGUACUUGCAUGAUGUGAUGGCAGUCAACCAAGGCACCAUUGCAGAGAUUCAUAGCUAUAGCCACCCCAAGCCAAUCGUUCAUGACGUCAUGAGGGCAACAUUUCUCCUUCUAGGAGAAAGGGGAUCACAACUACGGAAGUGGCACUACAUACAGCAACUCAUGAGACGCACCAGCAAAGACGGGCUGAUCGUGAGGAUUCAGGAGUUCGACGUCAACAGCAUCAGUUUGGAUCUUGCUGAAUACGUCAAAGUGAUCUUGGACGCACAUGAUCCAGACAUAGUUCGCCUGACAAGUACAGGAGCCGGAGCUUUUUAUAUUUGGAUCCUGUUGCAGAUCCUGUUGCAGAUCCUGUUGCAGAUCCUCAUCAUACCUCGUCCUAUAAGGGAAAGUUAA